AUGUCUGAAGAAGUUUAUGAUGGUGCCAUUGGCAUCGAUCUCGGCACGACCUACUCGUGCGUUGCCAACUACGAGGGUACCAAUGUCGAGAUUAUCGCCAAUGAGCAGGGUAGCUUUACCACUCCCUCUUUCGUCUCUUUCACGGAGGAGGAGCGAUUGAUCGGUGAGGCCGCGAAAAAUCAAGCCGCCAUGAACCCAGCCAACACCGUUUUCGACGUCAAGCGAUUGAUUGGUCGAAGAUUCGAUGAUCCAACUGUGAAGAAGGAUAUCGAGUCGUGGCCAUUCAAGGUCGUUGACCAGGGUGGAAACCCAUUCGUCCAGGUCGAAUACCUGAAAGAGACCAAGACUUUCUCUCCUCAGGAGAUCUCUUCUAUGGUCCUUACAAAGAUGAAGGAAGUUGCUGAGACAAAACUCGGUAAGAAGGUCGAGAAAGCUGUUGUUACCGUUCCCGCCUAUUUCAACGACAACCAGAGACAAGCUACCAAAGAUGCUGGUGCUAUUGCCGGUCUCAAUGUCCUUCGUAUCAUUAACGAACCCACCGCUGCCGCUAUCGCCUAUGGUCUUGGAUCUGGUAAACAAGAAAAGGAACGAAAUGUUAUGAUUUACGAUCUAGGAGGCGGCACGUUUGAUGUGUCAUUGCUGAAUAUUCAAGGCGGCGUCUUCACUGUCAAGGCUACUGCUGGCGAUACUCACUUAGGUGGACAAGAUUUCGAUACGAAUUUGCUAGACCACUUCAAGAAGGAGUUCUCGCGCAAGACGAAGAAAGACAUGUCCGGAGACGCCAGAGCCCUGCGAAGACUGCGAACAGCUUGUGAACGUGCUAAGCGAACGCUGUCGUCGGCCACACAAACCACAGUCGAGAUUGAUUCGCUUUUCGAUGGCGAAGAUUUCAAUGCCCAGAUUACCCGAGCUCGAUUCGAGGAUCUCAACGCAAAGGCCUUCAACGGCACUAUUGACCCUGUUGCGCAGGUUCUGAAGGACGCCGGUAUCGAGAAGAAGGCUGUUGAUGAGAUUGUAUUGGUUGGCGGUUCUACCCGUAUUCCACGCAUCCAGAAACUCUUGUCCGAUUUCUUCGAUGGUAAGAAGCUUGAGAAGAGCAUCAACCCUGACGAGGCCGUCGCCUAUGGUGCAGCAGUCCAGGCUGGUAUCCUGUCGGGUAAGGCCACGAGCGCCGACACUGCCGAUCUUCUCUUGCUUGAUGUCGUCCCUUUGAGUUUAGGUGUUGCUAUGGAAGGGAACAUCUUUGCAAGUGUUGUACCCCGUGGUACUACUGUGCCAACCCUGAAAAGAAGAACCUUCACAACCGUCGUCGAUGGCCAGCAAACUGUACAAUUCCCCGUCUACCAAGGCGAACGAACGAACUGCGAGGAUAACACAUCGCUUGGCGAGUUCACUCUUUCACCGAUUCCUCCCAUGAAGGCUGGUGAUGCUGCCCUGGAGGUCGUCUUCGAAGUCGAUGUCAACGGAAUUCUCAAAGUCACUGCCACUGAGAAGUCUUCCGGUCGAAGCGCGAACAUUACCAUCUCCAACUCGGUCGGCAAGCUCUCUACGUCCGAGAUCGAGAAAAUGGUCGACGAUGCUGCCAAAUUUAAGACCACUGAUGAGGCCUUUACCAAGAAGUUUGAGGCCAAGCAGGCUCUCGAAAGCUAUAUCGGCAGAGUUGAGGAGCUGAUUAACGAUCCAGGUCUAAGCGUCAAGAUGAAGAGGGGCAACAAGGCCAAGAUCGAGGAAGCCCUAUCUGAGGCCAUGCAACAGCUCGAGGUUGAGGAUUCAAGUCCCGAGGAUUUGAAGAAGAAGGAGUUGGCCCUCAAGAGAGCCAUGACCAAGGCUAUGGCCACGAGAUAA